AUGCUGGCUAAGUCUUUCACUCUUUCUUUAGCCUGUGCUGCUUUCGUGUCAGCACAGAGUGCAUCGAUCGCUGUCCCUCCUGCUGCCGAAACGCUCGCUGCGAUUGUCACGCCUGCAAACCUCCCUCUUUUUGAAAGCGAAACGAUCCAAUUGACAGACAAUGUCGUUGCUGCGCUUCGGAAGAAUCCCGACUUUGCGGACUAUGCUUCGCUUGUCGAAUUUGAGGACAGCGCGAACUCUACCUUGUCGGUGAGAGGACGUCGCACUCGUAGGGCGCUUCGCUGCAAGACGAUGCCUGGAGACGAUUUGUAUCCGAGCCAGGCAGCAUGGGCCGAUUUCGAUAAACUACUUGGCAAUGCUUUGGAUAAGAUCAUUCCCAUCGCUUCGCCGUGUUACAAGGAUUCCGAGUAUGACAAUUACGAUGCUGCCAAGUGCGCGAAUCUGGUCAAGAACUUUGACGCAGAGGAAACAUACUACAACGACAACGGAGCCUUGAUGAACCCCCUCUACUAUGGAAUGACCUGCCGACUCCCUGCAUCGGGCGACUUGGCAAACGGCACUUGCACCCAAGGUGGCUACUCAGAGUAUGCUGUAAAAGUCAGCAAUGUCGCACAAAUCCAGUUGGCUGUGAACCUCGCACGCAACCUCAACCUUCGUCUAGUCAUUAGAAACACUGGCCAUGAUUACAACGGUCGCUCGGUUGGAAAAGGUGCACUCAGCAUCUGGACCCAUGGCUUGAAAGAGAUCAAGUAUGUCGAAGACUACGAGAGCCCCACAUACAAGGGCCCUGUCUUCAAGGUUGGGGCUGCUGUUCAGGGCUUUGAGCUGUACGAGGCUGCCGACAAGUAUGGUAUCUCUGCCAUUGCUGGUAUCUGCCCAACGGUCGGCGUGUUUGGCGGGUACUCCACAGGCGGUGGUCAUUCACCUCUCAUGCAACUGUUCGGUGUGGGAUCAGACCAGAUCGUCGCUCUCGAGGUCGUGCUUGCCAGUGGCCGGUUUGUUACGGUCACUCCAGAGGUCAACGGUGAUCUGUAUUGGGCUAUGCUUGGCGGCGGUGGUGGUACUUUUGGGGUCAUUACUUCGGCUGUCGUCAAAGUCCAUCGUAAAGUUCCGGUAACCACCUCUUCCUGGACCAUCAUGACAUCCGAGAGCGUUACCGCCGAGAAGUUCUGGGAAGCCUUCAGGUUUUUCUAUGACAACAUUCCCGUAUACAACAGGGCUAAAACGUACUCCUGGUUCCAGGUUAUGAAGCUCGCGCCGGGGUCCUACAUGUGGCAUAUGGGUCCUUUCUUCGCUACCGACAAGACGAUCGAGGAGUACGAGACUUUGAUCAAACCGUUUUACGAGAAGUGCGCUGCCCUCGGUAUUGAGCUGAACGCCAAUACGACCUACUACGACAGCUUCUAUCCGGCGUAUCAGGCCACGUUCGGCACGUUAAAUUAUCACAUUGGUGACGCUAGUGGUAUUUCGGGUAAUCGUUUGGUUACAUCAGACAACUGGAAGACGUCCGGGAUCCGUGACAAGACCUUCGCCGCCGUCCAGAACGCUGUCGAAAAUGACGUGAUAUUCGCCAUGUACCACCAGCGCCCCGCCGAUCAAGAAAACAGGAAUAUCAACUCCGUCAAUCCCGCAUUCCGGAAUGAAGAGAGCCAGAUGGUCAUCAUCAAUUCGGUCGCUGAAGAAACCGCUGAAGGAUGGCAGGCUACCGUCGAAAAGCUCACAACCCAGGUCAUGGCUCCUCUUCGUGAGGUGACGCCCACUGGCGGCGCAUAUGGAAAUGAGGCCGACAUCGCCGAGCCCAACUGGCAGCAAUCUUUCUGGGGCUCAAAUUACCCUAGGCUUCAGCAGAUCAAGAAGAAGUAUGACCCUGACAUGCUCUUCUACGUGCACCACGGGGUUGGUACUGAGGGCUGGGCCAUCGAUGAUAAUGGUAUCAUCGGCGCCGGUGUCCAAUCGACGGACGGUCCAUUGUGUCGCGUAUAG